AUGGCCGAGCGCGAUCUCUCACCGACAUCGACUUCCUCUACCCUCUCCAACAUCACGGUGCGGACGGACAAGCAAGGCGAUGCUCGCGCCAUGUCCAGCGCGUCGCCUUCCAUCUCGACGCCUCCUACUAGCCUCGGCGACGAAGCCAGCGUUGUAUCCGAGAUGACCAAGGUCGAACAAGCCGUCGAAGUGUACGAGGAGGCCCCUGGCCUGCAGAUGAUUGGCGACCCAGCAGCGUCGGCGCAAACCACCACGCCCGAUGCCGCCAACAGCGACGUCCGUCGGCCUGCGAGGGCCUCGCGCAAAUCCGUCACCACGUACAAUGUGCAGAUUCUUGCAGGAACUGCCAUUCAUACGCCGACCAAGUACCUCGAGAAGCAUCACAAGAACGUCGUGCACGGCUCGCUCGAGAGCAUCGCGAAGAAGGAGAAUGCCACACCUAUGCGGAAGAAGAUGCUGAAGCGGAAGUCGGAGAUGACGGACGCCAGCGAUCAGAUCGAAGAGCAGCUGGCUACCGAAGCCGCUCAGGCAGCACGACGUCGCACUUCCUCGCGCGUAACGGACCUUCGCAAGGAGGCCUUCCGCAACAUAACAGCAGACGGAAAGGCUUCCACUCAAGGCACUCUACGGCGUACUGCUUCAGCGCCAUCUUUGAAGCCCAGCCAAUCGGCUUCCUCCGCGGCUUCUCUGAAGCGCUCUCGCGCUGCAAUGGAAGAUGGUAGCCAAGCGCAGGAAGAGAAGAUCUUCUCCAAGCCCAAGUCGAAAGUCUGGCUCAAGCAAGGACUAUAUGUUGGCCAGGAUCGCGAAUUUGAUGCUCGUCUCUCAGAGAGCCAGAACCGCGCGAAGAAGAGGGCCAAGAAACCAAUGGACGCCGCCAGCAUUUUGCCCCUCCCCAUCUUUGCUUGCGAACGUCUUUUGAACGAGGACCCUAGACACGUGUUUCGCGAUUUCAAAUUGCCAUUCGACACUUACAGCCCUCUACCCAGGAAGGUCAAAGUCGACGGCUGGGUCAAGCUCAACAAAAACAGAUUCAUCGGCGACGCGUCUGCACUAUGGAAACGUGAUAAGCAAGACUCCUCUCAGUGUUAUUGCGAUGCUGAAGACGGCUGUGGAGAUGCCUGUCACAACCGGAUCAUGGCGUACGAAUGUGACAAUACCAACUGUCCCCUUCCUGCGGAAUUAUGCCAAAAUCGCCCAUUCGCAGAGCUCAGGAAACGUGCCAAAGGCAAUCGCUACGAUUACGGCGUCGAGGUUCUCGAUACAAAAGACCGAGGCUUUGGUGUGCGUGCUAUGAGAACCUUUGAGCCGCAUCAAAUUAUCGUAGAAUAUGCUGGAGAGAUUAUUACGCAGUCUGAAUGCGAGCGGCGCAUGAAGCAGGUCUACAAGAAAGACAAGUGCUAUUAUCUCAUGAGUUUUGACAACAAAAUGAUUAUAGAUGCGACCCGUGGAACGAUUGCUCGUUUCGUCAACCACUCAUGUGAACCCAACUGCGAGAUGAUCAAGUGGACUGUGGGGGGAGAACCCCGAAUGGCACUGUUCGCUGGUCCACGAGGCAUCAUGACUGGCGAUGAGCUGACCUACGAUUAUAAUUUCGACCCGUUCUCACAAAAGAAUAUCCAGGAAUGUCGUUGUGGUACUGAGUCAUGUCGCGGCGUCCUCGGUCCCAAACCGAAGAAGCCUGUUGAGGAGAAGUCUAUAGCUUCCGUUCUCCUCGCCGGCACCAAACGCAAACUUCAGGAUUUGCUAGGUUCCCGGAGGUCCGGUUCCGAAAGCACCCAAAGCUCCCCCAAAAAGCGCAAGGGGCUUCUUGGAAAUUCAAUUAGCGCAAAGGCAAAGAAUGCUUUCGCUCAAUCAGAGUCUGCUCGGGCGCGAGCUGAAAGAGAAGCAAGUGAACUGUCGCGCCAGAAUGCGUCCCGCGAAACCCGCGCUCUUAAACGAUCGAAUUCUGGAAGCCUUGAUAAACGCACAAGGUCAACUAAUUCGCGGACGGCACAACCAUCCGCCGUCAAGUAUACCCGACGCACAACCGUCAGCUUUCAAAGGAAGGUUUCCAGACCUGGUGCAUUGAAGAAGGUUAACAAGCCUUCUCGACUGCAAUCGACGCUCAGCAAUAGAAAGGCGCUUCGUUCUCAACGACCAAGCACGCCGAGUCGUGAAACGAGCACGGAGGCACCGGACUCAGAGGUAGAUGCUUCACCAAACAUAACCCCUGCAUCCCUGCGCAGCGCAACCAGGAAAUCACCCCUUGAUAGUCCCAUCCUACGAAAGCCUCUUGAGAAAGAGAAUAUGGCUUCAGCAAAAUACCGUGUUUCACGCAAAUCUUCGAUCCGAAGUGUACUAGGGAGGUGA